AUGGAGAGCCCCUCGCCGCGCAAAUUCGUCGACGGCAGCCCAGUCUACAUGUCCCGACGCUUUGGUCUACCUAAGGACUUUGGCAGGGUCAUUCUCAGCGACUUUGGGUCCACGGUGAGAGGGGAUUUAAAGCGAAACCACGACGCGCAACCAGAUGUGUACCGGUCGCCCGAGGUGAUGAUCAAGGCCGCGUGGAGCUACCCCAUCGACAUCUGGAACGUCGGCGCCAUGAUCUGGGAUGUGUUUGAGGGCGGUCACUUGUUCCACGGACAGGACCCCACCGACAAGGGAUAUACGACCCGCGCGCACCUCGCCGAAGUCAUCGGAUUGCUGGGGCCACCGCCCUUAGAUCUGCUCGAGCGUGGGGUCCGGAGUAGGGAGUUCUUUUCGGAAGAUGGCCGGUGGAUUGCAGAUGUCCCAAUCCCUCAGGGGAAUAGCCUAGAAAAUGUCGAGCGCGUCCUCUCGGGGAGGAACAAGGCCAUGUUCCUCGACUUCGUGAGGGGAAUGCUGGCGUGGAGACCUGAGGACCGCAAGACGGCACGAGAGCUACUCGAGGACCCGUGGUUGAACACCUCGGAAAUAUCAGAUUAG